AUGGCAUUCCCACAGGAAAAGAGGGAAACGAAGGAAAAGGACCAAUUCUUCCGAGAUCUCUACCAGCUAGAUCACCUCGAUGACGACCAGGAGGGGCCAGACGUCAUAGCGCCCAUGCCAACCACCAAAAAACCUGUCCAGUCGUCAGUCAAGCCAUUCGCCGCGAUGGGACCUGCUGAGACAGUAAUGGAUCCAGAUCAGGGCCAACGAAAGAGAAAGUUAGGGGAAGAUGCUGCGAACUCUGCGCCGAAAUCUGUAAAGGCGGCAGACUCUGCGAGUUUGAAACCCCGCUCCCCAGCGAAGAAGAGCAAGCCUACGAAGUUGGCAAGCCACAUGACAGACCUGUCAAAUCUUCACCAGCGCGAACGCAAACUGCCUCGGAAAAUCGUAUUAAAGCCGAUCCCCUCAGAAAGACAGAUUUUCAAGGGCCUGGUGUUCUAUUUCAUUCCAAACAAUGAUGAUUGUCCCGUGCGUCGUUUCCGGAUGCACAAGGCCGUUCAGUAUGGUGCGAUCUGGGCACAUAAGUUAUGUGAGGAAGUUACACACAUCCUUGUUUGUGAUGGCCUUAGCCUGAAGGACACUUGGUUCAGAGAGGUUCCUAAAGGUCCAGCUUUUGUGACCAUCAAAUGGUUCAUCGAAUGCCUCGAAGACAAGGAAAUCAAGAGCACCCAUUGGAAACGUAUCCAAGUCCCAGGUUCGGAAGCAUCAGAAGAGCCAAAGAAGCAUGUGAAUUCACAGAUCACUCCGCCUCGAUUAGUUGGACAGAGUCAUAAUGCACCGUCGCCCACCCCAAUCUAUGAGGGCCCGAACGUUUCCGCGAUUGGAUCAAAUCAUCAUGAAGAUGUACCAAGAGAUGAUGACGAAACCGAAUCAGAGGAUGAUCUCGACAUGGCCGUAAGAGAUGUACAGAAUCUCGGAGACUUACCGCUCGACCCAAGUUUCGAGGAAGAUGUGAAGACCUCCACUGACGACCCGGACUCUGACCCUGCGUUGGAAAUGUUACGCAGUAAUGACCAAAUCCGCAAGCAAAAUGCCGGAUUCCAAUGUAUGGAAAAGAACGAUGGCAAUAAGAGAGACAACCCCAACGAUCAGACCAUUGAAUUGCUGCGGAAAAUGGUCACGUACUAUGAUCGGAUCGGUGAUCAUUGGCGAACAACAGCGUAUCGCAAGGCAAUAGGAGCUCUGCGAAAACAAACUCAAAUGAUCCGAACCCACCGUGAGGCUCUCGCAAUCCCUCAAAUUGGCGAGAGAAUAGCCUCCAAGAUUGAGGAGAUCGUCUCGACCGGGAGACUCCGUCGACUCGAGUACGCUCAGAUGGAUUCCAAGGACAAGGUUCUUCAGUUGUUUAUGGGAAUAUACGGGGUAGGAUAUUCAGCCGCUUCUAGGUGGAUCGCUCAAGGCCACCGUACCCUGGAAGAUUUAUGCCAGAAAGUAGAUUUGACUCCCAACCAGCGCACUGGCAUCGAGCACUACGAAGAUUUCCAACAACGAAUUCCUCGCAACGAAGUGGCUCAACAUGGUGCAAUCGUUGAGAAAGCCUUGAAAGCUGCGGAUGCUGAACUGCGGUUGAUUAUUGGGGGUUCAUACAGAAGAGGCAGUCCAGAUUCUGGAGAUAUCGACCUCAUCAUCACCAAGGAGGAUGCAGACCUGAACCAUAUUCGCACGCUGAUGGUGGAGACGGUCAUCCCCGAUCUGUUGACGCGAGGAUUUUUGAAGGUGGCUCUUGCUUCCGGACAUUCUCGAGAUCAAGGGUCAAAAUGGCAUGGCGCAUCUGCAUUGCCGGGUUCGAAUGCGUGGCGUCGGAUCGAUCUGCUCUUCGUACCCUGGGCAGAACUUGGGGCGGCACUGAUCUAUUUCACCGGGAACGACAUCUUUAAUCGGAGUAUGAGAUUGCUGGCGAGCCGGAAAAAGAUGAGACUGAACCAGCGUGGGCUGUAUGCAGAUGUUAUGAGGGGACGUGGACGUGAGCGCAUCACAGAUGGGAGACUGCUGGAAGGACAGGAUGAGAAACGAAUUUUUGAGAUUCUAGGAGUACCAUAUCGGCCACCAGAGCAUCGACAAUGCUAA